AUGCGGGGGAAUCGGAAGCGGACUCUGCAGGGAACUCGGCACGAUCCGAACGAAGCAGCAAAGAACAUCCGACGCCGCCCCGACCUCAACUUCCGAUCUAUGACCCAAUCAGGCCCCCCGUGCCGCCAAUUUGCGGGGUCGUCCUCGAAUGAGCUUCGACUUGUUGGUCAAGAAGUCAAGUUCCAUCUGGGGCACCCGGAAUUAGGUCCAAAGAUCCGCACUUUGCCGUUCCCAGAGUCUACCAAUUCCCGUCGGAUCUUGUGA